AUGAAGCUUCUGCUUACUCUUCUCGUGUUUUUACAUCCUUUGUUCCCAGGCGUGGUGGCCGGAGAGAGCCAGAGCCGAAAGCUGCCUGCGGACCUCCAAGUCGACCUCAUCUUCCCCCACGCGAACGAGACAUACGCGCCCACGCAAUGGUUUCCCGUCAUCUUCGGCGUGACGAACCUCGAAGCCGUCUGGCCGCUCUACCUCUACGUGGACAUCGAAAUCUUCAGCAUGGCCUGGAGGAUCAACGACACGGGCUCCUCGUCGUGGCAGGACGUCGCCCCGCGAAUCAACCGCGCCCUCCUGCAGCAGACCUUUAAGACGGACACGCCCGGCCGGCACUUCUCCCACACGCCCCUGGUCAACAUGACCAACGGCACGACGGACCAGUUCGCCAUAAGAUGGGCGCUGGUCCUCCGGCCCCGGUGCUUCGACAACAACAGCACCGUCGACGAGAGGGGCUGGUCGAACGGGCCUGCGGGCGGCGGCAACCGCGUCGUCAGGUUUGACACGGCACCCGGCGCCGAGUCGCCUGACAUAGAGGCUGCUUUGAGUGACUGUCGAGAGCCCGACGAAGAGAACUCUGUGGCUGUGCGCGUUACCGACGUCAAGAAUCCGAGCGGACUGCUGGACGCGGACGGGCGGCAACAGAUGUGCCCAGUGUUCCAAACAGGAAUCGAGACGGACGGGUGUGCGUAUAAGCAAUUCGCGAGAGAACUUGCCGCAAACGUCUCUACCAAGAUGCUGGGCGAGAUGGGAUGUGAAGAUGGAGUCUGGCAGGAUAUCACGGCGCCGUGCCCGAAAAAGGAGAGUAUCGCUUCGUCUCGGAGACUGAAAACUGGUAUCCAACGGGCACUCCUUGCACUGGUGUUGACUACAUACCUAGCUUAG